AUGUCCGCUCCGAUAUGGGUGAACCUAACGAAUAUUCCAGCGGAACUAUAUUCAUUGAAAGGAAUCAGUUACAUAGCUUCGGGCAUCAGCGAGCCUCUCCACACGGACAAGAUGCGAUUAGAUCCGUUGAGUGUUGGUGAGGCAAAGGUCAAAGUGGAAGUUCAGUUAGGUGCUAUUCUGCCUCAAGCUAUAGAAAUUGAGGAUGAACAAGGCUCUGUAAUCACGGUUAAUGCCGCUUAUCCUUGGAUCCCCCCUAAAUGCAUCAACUGCGGGGAAUUUGGUCACAAGCUCCAAAGCUGCCCGGUUCGUCAAUCCCAGCCCCUACAACGUGUGGUCGAAACAGGGACUUCCAUUGAGACGGUAGACAGUCAGCUCACAAUCAAAGAUGUGGCAUCUGCUUCUACAUCGACUCUACCCACGUCUGUAUCUUUGGCCCCCAACACGACUAACGCAGGCGAUCCUCAAAUAGCGGACAUGAAUGCAGGGAUUCAACAACCUGAUAUACAACCUACAUGUCCCCAUUCCCCUUUACAGCAAACAAUCCAACCGACUAUACUACCAGUAAGGACAGAAACUAAACUUGUGGCUCAGUCAAAGAAGACAUCUAAGAAUUCUCAGCGUCUAAUAUGA